AUGCCGUUCAUGGACGCGGCGGCGCAAGGCGGCGGCACGCCAGCGGGCACCGCCAAGGUCAUCACGCAGGGGCUCAUGGCUCAGCCGGAGGAGGUGCGACCAGCCUGGAUGAAGGGGAGAACUGAAGCAGAAGUCUGCGAGAUCGUGACGCGGUCCAUUUGCGAGGCGGUAGAAGCCUCCUAUGUCGUGAAGGACUACAUCGACUCAGAGCGAACGAAGGGCCGAAUUUUCGACGACAUCUACGGGGAGGCGCCAUCUGAGAGGCAUUGA